AUGCGAUGCGCGAGCAAGGCCGCCGAGCGCCCUGUGUCACUUGGUGAUGCAGCCGCUGGUCAUGAAGACACUCAUGUCUUCACAGAGUAUGAGCUCAGUGUCUCAUACUUUCCUGAUACGGAAGAUGGAUCUGCAUCGACGGCGAUCGAAUCCAAACCGCCUGCCAAGCGUGGCAUGGAUGAUGCUGUGCGUCGUAGCAUCGUUGGUUCAUCUGACGAAUCAGAUGAACCAUCACCGAAGCGAAGGCGCUUGAGAUCGCAAGACUCGGGCGCUCAUAGUGGUGUCGGUUCUCCUAUUGACACCACUUCGCAGCGAGGUACCAGUCCUUCUGUCGGCACAUCGCAGGAAGAGCGGGACCGCAGUGUGUUGCGUCUCGCUCCCGAGAAGAAGGCAUGGAUGCCUCCAAAAUUAGUCAUGGAUCACUUGUCGGCGACGACGAGUGAUCGCUAUCGAACACGGUUGUUCGAUUCGUCAAGGAUCCAUCACCUUGACCCCAGUGCGAAAAACUAUCGCGCUGAGAAUGAGUUCUUCAUUGAUGCUUUCUUUAAACACCGAUGGUACAGUGGGAAUCACAAACGUAAUGGUCACUCACUACUCCAAGCGUGGAACGCCUAUAUCCACAACCUUUAG